AUGGCUUCGCUGCCCUACCGUCGCGCCUCGCUCCAGAGCUCUCGCAAAGCAUCUACCGAUCCGCGAGAGGAUCUAGCAGUCCACCUCGACCACUACAUUGGCAUUGAUGUCGGGACUGGCAGUGCUCGGGCCUGUAUCAUCGAUGCCAAAGGGGACAUUGUCGGAUUGGCGUCCGAGAACAUUGGUCUCUGGCAGCCAGAGCAUGGCUACUAUGAACAAUCCACCUCUGAUAUCUGGCAUUGUAUCUGUGUGGCCGUCCAACGGGCCAUUAGCCAGCACAAUAUCCACCCAGACACAGUCCGGGGUAUUGGAUUUGAUGCCACCUGCUCCUUGUCAGUCUUUUCCAACGAGACUGAUGAACCCAUCUCCGUCACUGGUCCGAACUUCGAUUCAGACCGCAAUGUGAUCCUCUGGUUGGACCAUCGUCCCGUCGAGGAGGCUGAGAAGAUCAAUGCGACCAACCACAAUCUCCUCCGCUACGUGGGCGGAAAGAUGUCCAUCGAGAUGGAGAUCCCGAAAGUACUGUGGCUGAAGAACAACAUGCCCAAAGAGCUCUUUGACAAGUGUAAAUUCUAUGAUCUCAGUGAUGCUCUGACACACAUUGCCACUGGCAACGAAAAGCGAAGCUUCUGCAGCGUGGUCUGCAAGCAAGGAUUUGUGCCGGUCGGCGUGGACGGCAGUGUGAAAGGAUGGCAGGAGGACUUCCUGCAGGACAUUGGCCUGGGAGAUUUGACAGAGGAUAACUUCAAGCGCAUGGGCGGAGUCGACGGGGUGAAUGGCGACUACCUGAGUGCUGGUGAAUUGGUGGGCACCCUCUGUGACAAGGCCGCUGCCGAGCUCGGUCUACCGGCCGGGAUUGCCAUUGGCAGCGGUGUCAUUGAUGCCUACGCGGGCUGGAUUGGCACCGUAGGAUCCAAGGUCGAUCUAGACGCAGGUCAAUCCAGCAACGAUGUGCCCAAGCUCGAUAAAACGGAGGCCUUUUCCCGCCUUGCCGCUGUUGCGGGAACCUCGACCUGCCAUCUUGCCAUGUCGCCCGAUCCGGUCUUCGUGGAUGGUGUCUGGGGCCCAUACCGGGAUACGAUUCUUCCCGGAUAUUGGAUGGCCGAGGGAGGACAAUCUGCCACUGGAGAGCUGCUCAAGCAUGUCAUUGAGACUCAUCCAGCAUUCAACCAAGCCCAUUCCAUUGCCGAGUCUUACCAUGCCAACAUCUAUGAGUAUCUCAAUGAGCAUCUCAAAGAGAUGGCCCAUGACCAGGGUGCACCAUGUGUGUCUUACCUAGGGCGACAUUUCUUCUUCUAUGGAGAUCUCUGGGGAAACCGAUCGCCCAUUGCAGACCCAAACAUGACAGGGUCGAUUUUCGGUCUCACCAGCGACAAGACAGUCGAUGGGCUUGCCAUCUACUACUAUGCGACUCUUGAGUUCAUCGCUCUGCAGACCAAGCAGAUCGUGGAAACGAUGAACAAAUCAGGCCAUCGCAUUAGCUCGGUGUUCAUGUCCGGCUCCCAAUGCCAGAAUGACAUCCUGGUCAAUCUCGUGGCGUCGGCCUGUGACAUGCCAGUGUUGAUCCCGCGAUACAUCCACGCUGCCGUCUGUCAUGGUGCCGCGAUGCUCGGCGCAAAGGCCGCGAGUGCCGAUGCCCAGGGCAACACCGAAGAUCUAUGGGAUAUCAUGAACCGAAUGAGUAAGCCCGGUAAAAAAGUACUGCCAACGACGGACAGCAAUGAAAAGGCUUUGCUCAAGGUCAAGUACGAAGUGUUCCUGGAACAGUGCUUCAAGCAGCAGAAGUACCGAAGUAUGGUGAAUGAAGCCGUCGGGAGCUGGAAGUCUGCUUAG